UGAUGACUAGGUUUGAAUAUAUUGAUUUUAAUGAUACAUUCGGGUAAAUAGGGUCAAUGUUAACUAAUUAAUACAUAAAAAGCAAAGAUUGACUGGAUAUUUGCAAAAUAAAUAAGAUUAUAAAAGUUCAAAAUUUAUUAAAAAUAUUUCAUCGUAAUUAGAUGAAAAUUCAUACAAUUUUAGCUUCCUUACAUUAAAUGUGACAUUUUUUAAUAUUUGAACUAUAAACAUAAACGCAGAAAUAACAAAGAUAUUAGUAAUUUUGUUCAAACGCCCAUACAAAUCUUACGACCAUUAAUUGCCUACGACGUCAUAAGUGCGUACCAUUUUGUAUGGGGCGUUUUUCAGGGAUCCGCGGCAGCGCCGCAAAUCUGACCCUUUAAAUCCCUGUAGCUCCGAAAGUAAUGAUCGCAGAUACCCUGUUACUUUUACAAAAUUGCUUUCCUAUUAGCAUACUCUUAAUUUAUAAACAAUUUAAAAAACUGUCAUCAUCUCUAUUGUUUAUGGUUAUAAAAUAAAAGGUCUAUCAAUAAGGUGAAGCGGUGUGGAAUGAAGAACUGGUAAAGAUGUAAUGAAUGAGCGAAACAAUAUAUCCACGCAUGCGAUCAUCAAGGGAAUUCUAAAUAUGAAAUGAAUCUGUAAUGUGAAUGUAGAUGUAAAUGGCCUAACCUAAAGUGGGCGAACGAAAUAUUUCGUUCGCCACAGCUUUAGUAUUUUAGUAAGUUAUCUAGUUAAUAAAUAAUGAACAAUUUCCACAGUUGACACUGCUUCCAAUGCUUUUGGUGCGCGGCGAACCUUCAGCUAGCUUCGACUUCAACUACCUUAAUAUAAAAGAUGAUAUCUACGAGCAGCCAGUUAACUUAAUGGCGUCUAAGAAAAACCCACACGCAAAGGACGCUCUCCAAGAGCCGCCACCUUCGACCGAAGACCCCUGGUCUCCGUACGACUUUUCCAAGCUCGACUUCUUAAACGACGCGCGCGAAGACGGAACUAACAGAGUCAAACGUAGAGCUAAGCGUCGUCGAAGCCGUAAACGUAACAAACUUCAGUCAACCACACCUGCUGCAGAAGAUCACGAGCUAAAGAACUCGUCGGUGCCGGAUGUACCAGUGGCGCGGCGCGCUGAUCUGUCAGAGUCGCAGCAGGUGCGCGGACGCAAGCGCAACAAGAAGGGACGCACGCGCGACCGGCCCGGCUACGACACCUACGACCCACCCGUUAAGGGCUACGAGUCGGCGUUCGUGGAGAUGCCCAAAGACCUGUACCAGGCGCACCUGCGCCCCGGCGUCAUUUUCCGGAUCCACAUGUCGGAGGCCAUCCUGAAGAUGCAGUACAGGAACUACGGCGAAGACAAGGACGAGUCGGUGAUCGAGGCGGACGUGGAGUACCUGCGCCUCACGCGCAAGGUCAUCAGCGACGAGAUCACCAAGUUCGAGGACCUCAAGUGGCUGGUGGGCUGGUUCACCAACCGCUCCGAGCUGGUGCAGGAGCACAUGUGCAACACCAGAUACUACGCCGUCGGUAUACCGCCGACGAUGUUCACUCACUCCGAGGAGUACAUGAAGCGGAUGUGUUUGUUCGACAACGUGUACCUCGACCACAUCCCGUACGUGGUGGGCGAGGACGGGUCGCUGCUGGCAGCUGUGGCGCCGCCCGUGCUACACUGCGACGCUGCCACGUGCACCUCCGUGCCUUUCAUUGACAGUAUAAUGUUCGACGAGCGCCUGACACGCACGAAUGUCCGGACAGUGACGCGAUGUCAGGCCAGCUGCCGGAUGCACUGCCGCAACGACCCGGACUGUCUCAAGCGUUGCUCGGACCGCUGUCUGCGUGCUGACUGACUGUACAAUACCGAUGCUUCCCUGACAUGUGUCUUACAAUGGACAAUGUAACUUUGUAAUGACAUCGUAUCUAUUAUAAAAAAUAAAUAUAAAAACUUAUUAAAUGUAUUAAAUUUUCAAUAAAUCAGUUUUAUGAGGGUAACUUGUGUGGAAAAAUUAAAAAAAAUAACCAUUGAUACUUAUGUAAGUAGCAAAUUAAAACUCAAAACCUCUGAAACAGCGCUAAAAUAGCACGAAGAAAUGAAACGA